AUUAAAGCAAUGGGAUUAAUUCAAGCCAGGUGGGGGCAGUAUUACAACUUGAGGGAAUAACAGCCGAAGAAGACGGCGAAGAAGAAGGAGGCGGAAGUGUGAAAGUUAGCCGUCAGUUUGGCUAAAGUUGUUUGUAUGGCGUUGACGUGCGGGAGAGACGCGGAGAAGCAGUCGGAUGAGUUGGCGGCUUCGCGACAUGACGGGAUCAAAACAAGGACUUGGAGAAAGGGGGGCGAGGAGCCUGCACGUGCUAAAGGAGAGAGCCCCAGACCACCAGAACCGGACCCCCAAACCUCUCGACCCGAUGUCUGUCUGAGACCGCGGAGCAAACUGACCUGCAGACCCGCCGCAGCUGCCCGCAGCCAGCAUGGACUCCAUCCACAGGUCAGCUCCAGCCCGCUGGGUUCUGACGGCGUCCACCAAUGGCUUGAGGCUGUGGGCGGGGCCAGGAUGAGUGCUGAGCUGCUACUGGAGGAGACGCUCAUCAAGCGUUCGCAGCAGAAGAAGAGGACAUCACCGCUGAACUACAAGGAGCGACUGUUUGUCCUCACCAAGAGCAGGCUGACGUACUACGACGGAAGAGCUGAGAAGAAGUUCAGAAGAGGCUCCAUCGAGCUGAGCCGCAUCCGAUGUGUGGAGAUCGUGAAGAACGGAGGAGGAGUCAUCCCCUGCCAGAACAAGUACCCCUUUCAGGUGGUGUACGACACCAACACGCUCUACGUCUUCGCUCCGAGCCACAGCAGCCGAAGCCUGUGGGUCCAGAGCCUCAAAGAAGAGAUCAAAGGCAACGCUGUGGUCCUGGCCAAGUUUCACCCUCAGUUCUGGCAGGAAGGCGCGUGGCUCUGCUGUCGCCAGGUGGAGAAACUGGCUCCGGGCUGCGAGGAGUACAACCCGUUUGGAGACAUUUCCAGAAAACCUUUACCCCCAAUUCCUGGUAGGGAGCCAAGAAACGAGAGGCGGCGACCCCCUCCUCCUCCUCUCCCCAGUGAUGAGGAUGAGGAUGUGGACGAGGACGACGAUGAGGAGGAGGAGGAGGAGGAGGUGGUGGUGGUGGCGCUGUACGACUUCCCUGGCACCGAGCCGCAUGACCUGAGUCUGGUCAAAGGAGGCGAGUACGUCAUCCUGGAGAAGAGCGACGUCAACUGGUACAAGGCGCGCAACAAGUAUGGCGAGGAAGGCUACAUUCCAAGUAACUAUGUGACAGAGAAGAAGUCUGGAAACAUGGCGCAGUUUGUCUGGUACAGUAAACAUGUCAACAGGAACAAGGCAGAGGAGCUGCUGAGGAAGGAGGACAAAGAAGGAGCCUUCAUAGUCAGAGAUUCCAGCACUGCAGGAACCUACACUGUGUCUCUGUAUGCCAAGUCUGCCGCAGGGGAUGGAGGCGCUGCCAUCAAACAUUAUCACAUCAAGGAAAGCCAAACGGUGCCCAGACAGUUUUACCUGGCCGAGAAACACCAGUUUGGUACCAUCCCCGAACUGAUCGAGUACCACAAGCACAACGCGGCAGGUCUUGUGGCCAGGUUGAGGUAUCCUGUAGGGAAACUGGACAAGUCUGCUCCUUCCACUGCUGGCUUCAGCUACGAGAAGUGGGAGAUCAACCCCAGCGAGCUGACCUUCAUGAAGGAGCUGGGCAGCGGGCAGUAUGGCCAGGUGAGGCUGGGCAAGUGGAGGGCUCAGCAUAAAGUGGCCAUCAAGGCCAUCAGAGAGGGAGCCAUGUACGAGGAGGACUUCAUCGAGGAGGCCAAGGUCAUGAUGAAACUGUCCCACCCUAAGCUGGUUCAGCUGUAUGGAGUGUGCAGCCAACACAAGCCCAUCUACAUUGUGACGGAGUUCAUGGAGCAUGGCUGCCUGUUGAAUUUUCUCAGGCAGCGGCGUGGCAGCUUCAGCCUGGGUUGUCUGCUGAGCAUCUGCCUGGACGUAUGCGAGGGCAUGGAGCACUUGGAGGCCAAUGGCUUCAUCCACAGAGACCUGGCUGCCAGGAACUGUUUGGUGAGCGACUCCCUGGUGGUGAAGGUGUCAGACUUUGGCAUGGCCAGGUACGUGUUGGAUGACCAGUACACCAGUUCUUCGGGUGCAAAGUUUCCAGUGAAGUGGUCGGCCCCUGAAGUUUUCAACUUCUGCAAAUACAGCAGCAAGUCAGAUGUGUGGUCCUAUGGUGUGCUGAUGUGGGAGGUGUUCACAGAGGGCCGAAUGCCUUUUGAGCAGAAUGCGAAUCACGAGGUGGUUAGGUUGGUCACCCAGGGCCAGCGACUGUACAGGCCCAAAAUGUGUCCUCCUGACCUGUUUGACAUUAUGCUGCUAUGUUGGCAUGAGAAACCUGAGGAGAGACCAUCCUUCUCUGACCUGUGUCAGCACAUCUCCAAUGCCCUGGAGGGAGACAGCACCACCUAGGGUUAGGAUUAAAGCUGACACCUCACAACUAUCUUACACUUAAUGCCUCCACACACAGGCACGCUGACAGCACACACCUCAUCCACCACUUACCCAACUUGGACCUUCCUUCCCACCACCCCCCCCACAGGCACAGCCACUGCCAACACUCCCGCAUCCCAGCUCACAGACGACACAAUCACCCCAAACGGGACACGAAGCCACCAACACUGCGUACUAAACAGUGGGACACACACCACUGCUUCACACAAAUGCCUCACCAUGACUACCACUAUCUGCUGUCCAGAAAUUUUCUACUACUCCUGUAUGUAACCAAUAAAACCACUGCAACCUCCACAA